CCCCGCCCGCUCUCCAUGGUGUUGUUGCUUCUUCCCCGCCGCGGGACGCGGUAGAGGAGAGUGGGGCCCCGGGGGCCCGUGGUGCCUUUUCUCCCCCCUUCCCCGGUCAGAAGCAGAAAGAGGCGGCGGGUCCGGGCCCGGGGGGGGGGCAACGGAAGGGCCUCUCGCCAUCGCCUCGGGCUGGGUCCGGUGGAGCGGAGGGGCCCGAGCGGUGGCAGCCGCCGGGGGCUGAAGGGGAGGAGAGGAGAGGAGGAGGGAAGAUGGCGUCGGACUUGGAGCCGGAGGUGCAGGCCAUUGACCGGAGUUUGCUGGAAUGUUCCGCCGAGGAGACAGCGGGGAAAUGGCUACAAGCAACUGACCUCCCGAGAGAAGUAUUCCGGCAUUUAGCCCACUACGUCCCCAAAAUCUACUGCUGUGGUCCCAACCCCACACCACAGAGAGAAGAUAUGCUAGCACAACAUGUCUUACUGGGGCCAAUGGAAUGGUAUAUAUGUGGUGAAGAUCCUGCAGUUGGAUUUCCAAAACUAGAACAAGCUAACAAACCUUCUCACCUCUGCGGUCGUGUUUUUAAAGUGGGGGAACCUACGUACUCUUGCAGAGACUGUGCAGUAGAUCCAACUUGUGUUUUAUGCAUGGAGUGCUUUUUAGGAAGUAUUCACAGAGAACAUCGGUAUAGGAUGACAACAUCCGGAGGUGGUGGCUUCUGUGACUGUGGAGAUACUGAAGCCUGGAAAGAGGGUCCGUAUUGUCAAAAGCAUGAUCAUAACGCCUCUGAAACAGAGGAGGACGAGGAUCCUCUUGUGCAUUUAACAGAAGACAUGAUAGCAAGAACUUACAACAUUUUUGCUAUAAUGUUUCGAUAUGCAGUAGACAUAUUAACUUGGGAAAAAGAAAAUGAAUUGCCAUCAGAUUUGGAGAUACCGGAAAGGAGUGAUACUUACUAUUGCAUGCUGUUUAAUGAUGAGGUUCACACUUAUGACCAAGUGAUUUACACUCUUCAAAAAGCUGUCAGCUGCACACAGAAAGAAGCUAUUGGCUUUGCAACAACAGUAGAUAGAGAUGGUCGUAGGUCAGUUCGGUAUGGGGAUUUCCAGUAUUGUGAACAAGCAAAAUCAGUAAUUGUGAGAAAUACAAGUCGCCAGACUAAGCCACUGAAAGUUCAAGUUAUGCAUUCAUCUAUUGUUGCACAUCAGAGUUUUGGUUUGAAGCUUCUAACUUGGCUUGGCAGUAUUAUAGGAUAUUCAGAUGGCCUUCGCCGGAUAUUAUGUCAGGUUGGUUUACAGGAGGGCCCAGAUGGUGAAAAUUCAUAUCUUGUGGAUAAACUGAUGCUCUGUGAUUCCAAACUGUGGAAAGGGGCAAGGAGCGUCUAUCAUCAGUUGUUCAUGAGCAGUCUUCUUAUGGAUUUGAAAUACAAAAAACUCUUUGCCAUUCGAUUUGCAAGAAAUUACCAGCAGUUGCAGAGAGAUUUUAUGGAGGAUGAUCACGAGCGGGCAGUGUCGGUGACUGCUCUAUCUGUCCAGUUCUUCACUGCACCUACUCUGGCUCGGAUGUUAAUAACUGAGGAGAAUCUUAUGACUACCAUCAUCAAGACUUUUAUGGACCAUUUACGACUUCGAGAUAUCCAAGGCAGAUUUCAGUUUGAACGCUACACAGCUCUGCAAGCCUUCAAGUUCAGGAGGGUUCAGAGCCUUAUUUUUGAUCUCAAGUAUGUGUUGAUUAGCAAACCAACUGACUGGUCAGACCCUCUGAGGCAGAAGUUUCUAGAAGGUUUUGAUGCCUUCUUGGAGUUACUAAAGUGCAUGCAGGGAAUGGACCCAAUAACUCGUCAAGUAGGGCAGCAUAUUGAGAUGGAGCCAGAGUGGGAAGCAGCUUUUACAUUGCAAAUGAAGUUGACUCAUGUCAUUUCAAUGAUGCAGGACUGGUGUGCUUUAGAUGAAAAAGUGCUCAUCGAAGCAUAUAAAAAGUGCCUCACUGUGUUAAUGCAGUGUCACAGUGGUUUUACUGAUGGAGAACAGCCGAUCACUCUCAGCAUAUGUGGACAUUCAGUUGAAACUAUCAGAUACUGUGUUUCUCAAGAAAAAGUUAGCAUACACCUACCAGUUUCUCGCUUACUUGCAGGUUUGCAUGUAUUGCUCAGCAGAAGCGAAGUUGCUUACAAGCUUCCAGAGCAGCUGCCUUUGAGUGAACUCAGUCCACCCAUGUUGAUAGAACACCCUCUGCGAUGUCUUGUUUUAUGUGCCCAAGUUCAUGCCGGAAUGUGGAGAAGAAAUGGGUUCUCCCUGGUCAAUCAGAUAUAUUACUACCAUAAUGUGAAAUGCAGACGAGAGAUGUUUGACAAGGACAUAGUAAUGCUUCAGACAGGCGUGUCCAUGAUGGAUCCAAACCAUUUCCUGAUGAUUAUGCUCAGUCGCUUUGAGCUUUAUCAGAUUUUUAGCACAACUGACUUUGGAAAAAGAUUUGGUUCCGAAAACAGCAAUAAGGAUAUGGUCCAGCAAAAUAAUACUUUAAUAGAAGAAAUGCUGUACCUCAUUAUAAUGCUCGUUGGGGAGAGAUUUAGUCCUGGAGUUGGACAUGUAAAUGCUACAGAUGAAACUAAAAGGGAGAUUAUCCAUCAGUUGAGCAUCAGACCUAUGGCUCAUAGUGAAUUGGUAAAGGCUUUACCAGAGGAUGAGAACAAGGAGACUGGGAUGGAGAGUGUGAUUGAAGCAGUUGCCUGUUUCAAAAAACCUGGUUUAACAGGAAGAGGACUCUAUGAACUAAAGCCUGAGUGUGCCAAGGAUUUCAACCUCUAUUUCUACCACUAUUCAAGGGCAGAACAGUCCAAGGCAGAAGAAGCACAAAGGAAAUUGAAAAGGCAAAAUAGGGAAGAUACAGCUCUUCCACCUCCGGUUUUACCUCCUUUCUGCCCCUUGUUUGCAAGUCUGAUUAAUAUUUUGCAAUCAGAUGUCAUGUUGUGCAUCAUGGGAACAAUUCUGCAGUGGGCAGUAGAGCACAAUGGCUAUGCCUGGUCAGAAUCAAUGCUGCAAAGGGUGUUGCAUUUGAUUGGAAUGGCACUCCAAGAAGAAAAGCAACAGUUAGAGAAUGUCAACGAAGAGCAUGUAGUAACAUUUACCUUCACUCAGAAAAUCUCAAGACCUGGUGAGGCACCAAAUAAUUCUCCUAGCAUACUUGCCAUGCUGGAGACUCUGCAAAAUGCUCCCUACCUUGAAGUCCACAAGGAUAUGAUCCGAUGGAUAUUGAAGACUUUUAACGUCAUUAAGAAGAUAAGAGAGAGUUCUUCCAGCAGCCCUGUGGCUGAGGCAGAAGGAACUAUAAUGGAGGAGAGCACCCGUGAUAAAGACAAAGCUGAAAGGAAAAGAAAAGCUGAGAUUGCCAGACUUCGGAGAGAGAAAAUCAUGGCUCAGAUGUCUGAAAUGCAGCGACACUUUAUUGAUGAAAACAAAGAACUGUUCCAGCAGACAUUAGAAUUAGAUGCUUCGACCUCUUCCGUCCUUGACAACAGUCCCAUGGUUUCAGAUACAACACUAAUAGCCUUGGGCCCAGAGCAAACGCGGAUCACCGAGCAAAGGCAGGUUGCUACCUGUAUUUUGUGUCAAGAAGAGCAAGAGGUUAAGGUGGACAACAGGGCUAUGGUUUUAGCAGCAUUUGUUCAGCGAUCAACUGUAUUGUCCAAAAACAGAAACAAAGUUAUUCAGGAUCCAGAAAAAUAUGAUCCAUUAUUUAUGCAUCCUGAUUUAUCAUGUGGAACACAUACUGGAAGCUGUGGGCACAUAAUGCAUGCCCAUUGUUGGCAAAGAUAUUUUGACGCGGUACAAGCCAAGGAACAGCGAAGACAGCAAAGAUUACGAGUGCACACAAGCUAUGAUGUAGAAAACGGUGAAUUCCUUUGCCCCUUAUGUGAAUGUUUAAGCAAUACUGUUAUUCCUCUACUGCUUCCUCCACGGCGUGUAUUCAACAGGCUAGAUUUUUCAGACCAGCCAAACCUAGCUCAGUGGAUCAGAGUAGUCUCUCAACAAAUAAAUGCAAUAGAAGUUCUUCAGAGGGAAGACAAUGCUUCUAAUAGCACCUCAUCUGACAAUUCAGAAAAUAAGGAGGAACUGCAACCCCCUGAAGGGUUUAGGCCUGACUUUCGACCAAAGAACCCUUAUUCUGAAAGCAUUAAAGAGAUGCUGACAACCUUUGGAACAGCAACAUACAAGGUGGGCCUGAAAGUUCAUCCUAAUGAGGAAGAUCCUCGUGUACCCAUAAUGUGUUGGGGCAGCUGUGCAUACACAAUUCAGACCAUCGAGAGAAUUUUAACUGAUGAAGAAAAACCAUUAUUUGGUCAUUUGCCGUGCCGACAGGAUGACUGCCUUAAGUCAUUAACAAGAUUUGCCGCUGCCCAUUGGACUGUUGCCUCAUUUUCAGUGGUACAAGAACAUUUUCGUUUGUUGUUAGCAGCUUUGGUGCCUAAUGUGAAACAUGGAAAUGUCCCCUGCAUCCUUGAUGUUGAUAUGUUUCAUUUAUUGGUAGGCUUAGAACUCUCCUUCCCUGCUCUGCAGUGUCAGGAUUUUUCAGGAAUUAGCCUUGGCACUGGAGAACUACACAUUUUCCACCUUGUCACUAUGGCACAUAUUGUACAAAUCUUACUUACCUCAUGGACAGAGAAUGGCAUGGACCAAGAAAGUCCUCCUGGUGAAGAAGAACUAGCAGCCUUGACUCUGUACAAAACACUUAGUCAGUAUACAGGAAGUGCCUUGAAAGAAACUCCCUCAGCCUGGCAUCUGUGGAGGAGUAUAAAAGCUGGAAUUAUGCCUUUCCUGAGAUGUUCUGCCUUGUUUUUUCAUUACUUAAAUGGAGUCCCUGCACCAUCUGAAAUUCAAGUAAGUGGAGCAAACCAGCUUGAACAUUUAUGUAGCUAUCUCUCUCUGCCAAACAACCUCGUUAGCCUUUUUCAAGAAAACAGCAAAAUAAUGAACCCAUUAAUUGAAAGUUGGUGUAGUAACAAUGAAGUUAAAAGAUACCUGGAAGGUGAAAGACAAGCAAUAAGCUAUGCAAGAGAGUCUAACAAAUUAAUAGAUCUUCCGGAUGAUUACAGCAGUCUCAUUAAUCAAGCGUCUAAUUUCUCGUGUCCAAAAUCUGGAGGUGAUAAGAGUCGAGCCCCAACGCUGUGCCUUGUGUGUGGAACCAUGCUGUGCUCCCAGAGUUACUGUUGUCAGACAGAGUUAGAAGGUGAUGAUGUCGGCGCCUGCACUGCACACACCUACACCUGCGGGUCUGGGGUGGGCAUUUUUCUUAGAGUACGAGAGUGUCAGGUGCUGUUUUUAGCUGGAAAAACGAAAGGAUGCUUUUAUGCUCCUCCUUAUCUUGAUGACUAUGGAGAGACAGACCAAGGACUCAGGCGAGGGAAUCCUUUACACUUGUGCAAAGAACGAUUUAAAAAGAUACAGAAACUCUGGCAACAGCACAGUAUAACAGAGGAAAUUGGACAUGCACAAGAAGCAAAUCAGACACUAGUUGGCAUUGAUUGGCAACAUUUAUAAUCUCCUCGCCUCUGAAGAUUUGAACAUGGAUGAUUUUGUAACCCAAUAAGCUUUUCAGAAGAAAUAGGAAAUGCAGUCUGAGAGAAAAAUAAACUCCUUAUUUAAACUUUUCUUCCUGACAUUUUUAAAUUUCUGGACCAAGUGACCAAGUAAACUUCACCUUGUAUUAGGUUCCCUAGUGUUUUUUGCACCGUCCUUCAUUUGUAUAAACAUCUUGAGUUUGAGAACCCAGGCUAAGAGGAAUUCCGCUUUCCGGCAUAAGGACGUGACUCUUUUUGGAAGCCGGGAGUUACUUUAAAGACAGGAAAGAAUAAUCAGUGGAAAUGGAGAUUACAAGAAAAGACAAUUCCUUCUCUGGAAAUCUUGGCCCUUCAGUAAUCUGAGCCAUUUUACAUUAUUUAUUUAUUCUGCAUUGAAGUACCUAAAACUGCUAUGUACAGGCAAUAAAAUAAAGAUGUAGUGGGUGUUUGUGUUUGUACUGUCAGACCACCCUUUUACCGUCAAGUUGCAUCUGCAGUGACUCUGUAAGUUGUACGUUUAAAGCUUUGUUUGCUUCACCAUUGAUUUUUCUCUCUGCUAAAGAAUCAUGAGCUUUAGAAAGUAAAGGCAUUUCAUUUGACGGUCUUCAGAGCCUUGCAUUUUUCCAGGUGAUCGUGUGGUGUGUAAUUUGAGAAUUGGCACGUGGUUGGGGAAAGAAAAAGUGUUUUCCAGAAUGUGCUGUUGGGAUUUCAGUUUUUAGAAAGGUUGUCGUGGUGGUGGUGUAUGGUAGUGUCAAGAGUCUGCAAAAAAAAAUUCACUCUGAAGGUGCUUUUAGAAUAAUGGGCGAGGAAAGGGCAGUUAUGUUUCUUCGCUUUCACCCUUAUAAUGUUUAAGAUGCAGUGCUAACUUCUUUUCAGUAACUGAAGUGAGAGGACAUGAAUGGUUUUUCGUUGGAAGAAAAGCCCAUAAAGUACCGAGAGCUCGGGAUUUGGGGUGGGGGGAGGGAGUAGUCCCACCUACUCUUCUCCUUUCUUCCUCACUACAAGUACUAGCCUCGACCACGGGCUUCUGGCAAGACAUUGGCAUCUUGUCUAUUCUGUCAAUAUAUUCUAGGCUUGCAGUGCUGUCUGCCUUUUAUCUGGGCUGAAGGGUCACAAACUUUGGAGACUUACCAGUGAGUCGGCCUCAUUGCCGGAUCCGGAGCCUCCAUCUCUUCCAAGUUCGUAAGGCACAAGUGAAACCGGUGUCUCACUAGAGACCUUUAAUCGCAUAGGAAACCUUUCACCUUUCAUUGUUUGUGCCGCGGGAAUCGGUUGAAAACGCAUUCGAUUUUCAAUGAGGUCUUUUGGAUCUUUAGGGAUAUCUCUUAUAGGUGUGAAGAGUGGUAUGUUCAAGACACAGACAUAUCUGCCGGUGAGGAACAGGGGUUUGGAGCAAUAAGAUAAGAACCAAGCGCAGAACUAGGAUCUCCUUGCCCUCUCCCUCAAGAUCCCCUUCUGCCCGGAUUUCUGUUGGAGAGACGGCAGUCUCUGGAGAGGAGGCAAUCCAAAUUCCACCAGCCGCCCCUUUGUCCUUCCUGUUUUUUCCUCGUAUUCGAGUUAGAUCCCCAACUAGGGAUUGGGUAACUGUCGUUCCUACCCCUGCCACCAUCCUGUGACUUGGGCUGGCAAUCCUGACUUCCUUUGCUCCGCACCCAGGCGUCCAAGUUACAAGCAGCAACCGUUGGACUGAACAUUCAGUGGCUUCAGGAGGGACUGACCGGUGAGCGCGUAGAGCACGCUGACGGUUGGACCGAAUCCAAACAGUGCUUGGCGCGAGGUGAGGUGUCUUGUCUCCGCUACCGAGAUUGCAAAAUUGCAGAGGGUUGGAGCAGUUACAAACCUCACUCGAGUGACAGCACUCACCCAGUUUUUCCCUUUGUGUUCGAUAAUCUUCAUCGCCGCCUUCACCUAAUGAACCGUUUUCAUUUCCUAUUUGUUCAUGCAUGUAUUUAUGUUUAUUGUAGAACUGUUUAUAUAACAUUUGCUUUCGAAACAGGAGUAAUAACUUAAUAAAUUGGCUAGACCUUUAAUAUUUCUGGAUAAAUUGUACAAUUUGGAAUGUAUCAUAUGUAUAAAGUUUAAAAUAUCCAAUAAAUGCUUUCAAUGUUGACAUUAUA